CCACCACCACCGCCACCACCACGACGUCAUCCUCAACGCCACAAAAAUAAAUCGACAAGUCAACGACAGUGAGAGGGCAAACAACAACAGAGUGCAUCAGCCAUGUCGUCCCGCGCGCUCCGACGAGCGCAGAAAGAGCAGGAAGAAAAGGAACUGCAGGAGAAGCUCGCCAAGUGGGAACAGGAAGAGGAGGAGUCAGAAGAAGAGGCGGCGCCAAAACCGCAAGCAAAACCGAGUUUGUUCGCCAUGCUCGGAGAUGCCGGCGGUGAUGGUGACGAAGACGACGAGGACGAGGACGAGGACGAGGACGAGCAAGGGGAGCCUGCACCAAAGCCCGUUGUCGAAAGCACGCCAGCAUCAAACCCCUCCAAGAGGAGCAAGAAGAAGAAGAAAAAGAAGAGCAAGAACAAGAGCAAGACCGCUACCCCGCAGAAGCACGCCACAGACUCCGGACUCGAUGAGAUAGACCAGGCCCUCCUUGCCCUCAAAGUCACCUCUAGCGGGAAGAAGGGCACUGAUGAGCCUCUCACACCCGCCAUCAGCGAAGAAACCCAGCGACUCUUCUCCGCCCUCAGCAUAGACACCACACACCUCCACGCCGCCAACGAGAUGAAGAAGCUCUUCGGGCGGACUGCCUUGCAGCACGCCGACGACGACGAGCCCCGCCAGCGCCAGCAACAAGGCAUCGCCGCCCGCGUCAACGGACGCAGCCAACCCGGCUCGCGCCUCACCGGCCUCAGUCUGCGGCGCAACAUCUUCAUCCAGGGCAAAGAGGAAUGGCCCCGCGCGACCUCCGGCGGACUGGGCAUGGAAAUCGUGUCCAAGAACGACGACGGCAGCGUAGAGUACCGGUUCGUGCACAACACCAGCUACCAAGAAACCCAACGCCAGUUCCAAGUCUGCGUUGCGAGCAUGGACCCAGAGCGCAUGAUACAGCUCCUAGCUACCAACCCAUACCACAUCUCCACACUCCUCCAAGUGUCCGAAAUCGCAAAACAGCAGCGCGACAACGCAUCCGCGUCCGACCUUCUCGAGCGCGCGCUCUUCGCCUUCGGGCGCAGCGUGCACAGCACCUUCUCCUCCGCGCUCUCCGCCGGAAAAGCGCGGUUAUCGUUCUCGCGCCCAGAGAACCGCGAAUUCUUCCUCGCCAUCUGGCGCUACAUCGCCACUCUGUGCGUCCGCGCAACUUUCCGCACCGCCCUCGAAUGGGCGCGGCUCCUGCUCUCACUCGCCCCAGAGGACGACCCGUACUGCAUGCGCCUGCUAACCGAUCAACUCGCCUUGCGCGGGCGGUCCCCGGAAUCACUCCUCUCGAUCGCGGAAUCCGACGUUUUAGAACGGUCAUGGAAGAUCCCGCCGAACCUCGCAUUCUCCACCUCCCUCGCACACUUGCGGCUCAAAGAGCCCGUCAAGGCGCGCAGCACGCUGAAGAACGCGGUGCGCGAAUAUCCCUGGCUCGCGGCUAGGCUAUGCAAAGAACUCGACAUUUCGCCCAUCCCGAAGCCAGUAUGGGGCAAAGAACCUCACAACGACUACCAAGAGUUGCUGUGUCGCCUAUACGUCCUGCGCGCGAAAGAUCUGUGGAACACAACCGAGGGCACGAGUCUGCUUGUCGAGAUAUGCUACAGCUUUGAUGAGCCGCUGGCGGACGGGCUGGACCCGUAUUGGCUCGCAGACAUCGACGCGUUGGACUUGGCUCGCCACGUUAUCCUCAGCGACGACCAGAGCCUCAUCUCGCUCCUCGAUACAAGCGUCAAGGAGCGGUACACUUCCGUCUCGGACCCGCUGCCGCCCGACGACAACCAGCCUUCGUACGACAUGGCCUCCCUCGCCGGUCCGCGAGGCCAGCGCUCCGCCGUAGAUCGGAACCAACUCCUCUCCGACCUGGAGGACCUGCGGCGGUAUUUCCAGAGCAUCGACAUCGAAGCGCUAGUCGGCGGCGGACUGACGGAGGAGAACCUCGUUCGUGCCUUACAAGAAGGCGGAAGCAGUCUCGACGAAUUCCGGCGGAACAGCGAGCGCUUCCAGGUCGUCCGGGCACGGCUACAGGACGUUGGCGUACAGGUCGUUUUCCAAGGCGAGAAUGCUGAAGGCGCUGCGCAGGAGGAGGGAAGUGACACGGAUGAGUAGAAGCGCGAGACGACAGGUACUAGACAUGGGAUAGACAAGUCCCCCCCCCCCCCCC